UGUAAUGUUCAUCAGCUAAUUCAUAUUUGUAAAUUUAUGUAUCUUAGAUGUAAAUUUGUCGAAUAAAAUUUUAUUGAAACUUGAUUAAUUAUUUAAUCAACAAUUUUAUUAAAAAUUUGAAACUUGAAAAUAAUAAUGUUCACUAAUCGGUCUCUUGAAGCCGUGAGUUUCAAUUCACAAUUAUCUACUACAAAAUCACAACAAUCUACGAAUAUUCAAACAACAGAAAUUGUUUAUGAUCAGAAUUCUGUACAAACAAUUGAAACAAGAAACGUUGAGACUCAAACAAUAUCUGAAGAAAAAAAGAAGCCAGAAGUAAAUUAUGAAAGACUGGCCCAAUUUUUAAAUCGAGUUACACCAAGUAUAUUAGAGGCAUUGGAUGAGUCUUAUGGAACCAAUGCAUUUGAAGAUUAUGAACCAAAAACUUCAGAAGAUUCAUUCAUAAGUACACAAUUUUUACAAAAAAUUAAUAGCAUUGAAACAAAUUCUCAGAUGAAAGUAAGUGAUAUGAGUUGGAGUAUUGGAGGAGGAACAUUAGCUGUAUCUUAUGGUAUUCCUUAUCACCAAGCAUGGUGUGAUCAUUUAUCCAAAAUACAAUUAUAUAAUCAAAUGAAAGAAGGCCAUUUUACAGAUAAUCCAAAUAAAAUACUAGAAACUAAUGCCUGUGUAACAGCAUUGGUUUAUCAUCCAACUGAACCAUCCAUUAUAGCAAUUGGUUUAUUCAAUGGUGAUGUUCUUGUAUGGAAUUUAAAGGAUGACACAUUAAUUUCACCAAUAACAGUUUGCACUCAUGGAGAUUGUGUAUCUCAAAUAUACUGGAAAGGAAGAACUAUAAAUGAUGUAUCACUGUUGGUGAGUUCCAGCAAAGAUGGAUAUAUUUUUAUUCAUAAGAUGAUGGCCAAUUUUACAAUUGCUCGCAUAUAUAAACGAUUAAAAAUAGCCAAAGAACAUAAUCCAAUAGAAAACUCAAGACCACGUAGCGCAGGUGGAACACGCGAACGCGCAAUAGAAUCUGGAUUAUGCAUUACCACUUUUGAUUUUUCAUCCAGAGAUCCGAUAUUUUUUAUUGUGGGUACUUUAUGUGGUGGAAUUUAUAAGUGUAGUUUAGAUCGUGUCGUUCCUAUCGAAAACGAUGAAACUUUAAUAGAUCCUGUAAUAGAUGAAUAUGAAAGACAUGAAGGUAGCAUUACAUGUAUUAAAUAUUCGCCAAUACGUAAUCUUUGUUCUGCUAGCACAGACAAGGAAAUUCGUAUUUAUGAUUUUGAAGAGCAUACAAGUCUGCAGUCAAUUCCUUGUGAAAAUACAAUCAUAGGUUUAACUUGGAUGAUUGGAAAUCAAGAUAUAUUGGCAACUUAUGGCGCUAGUUCGAAAAUUAUGUUGUACAAUGUUACAAAUGGUACAGUCAUAACAAAUGUGAAUUUGGAAAUAAAUGAUAGAAAAAACACUAGUUGCUUACGUGUGAAUUUAAAGAGAGAUAUAGUGGCUAUUGGAGAUACACAAGGAAAUAUAGAGAUCUGGAAAAUCCCAAGACAAUUAUUGUAAAUAUAAUGUAUACAUUAACUUCUUUCAUUUAAA